AUGAAAGCUUUAUUUCUGACCGUAGCCUUAUUACUCUGCGUGCAAUUAGCAAGUGCAUAUUGGUAUGGGCCAGGUAUGGGUAUGUAUCCCGGCAUGUAUGGCUAUGGCUAUGGCCCCUAUGGUAUGUAUCCCGGAAUGCAGGGAGCGAUGAGAGGAGCAAGUACAGGAGCAAUGAUCGGCGGUCUUCUUGGAGCGCUUGGCAAAAAAUAA